CCCAGCGCCCGCACUCAGAGGCCAUGAAGUCCAGCAUGGGCUCCUCGCGGGCACCCCGGACGGGGCGUGUGGGAGGGCGAGGGGCGAUGGCCCUGCUGCUGGCUGGCCUCCUCCUGCCAGGGACCUUGGCUAAGAGCAUCGGGACCUUCUCAGACCCCUGUAAGGACCCCACGCGUAUCACCUCCCCCAACGACCCCUGCCUCAUUGGGAAGGGGGGCUCCAGCAGCUCUGUUCCCAGUGCCGGUGGCUCUGGUGGUGGCUCCAGUGUCUCCAGUGUCUCCAGUGGUUCCAGUAGCCCCAGUGGCUCCAGUGGCUUCAGUGGUGGUUCCAGCAGUGGCUUCAGUGGUAGUUCUAGUGGAUCCAGUGGCUUCAGUGGCUCCAGUGGCUCCAGUGGCUCCAGCGGCUCCAGUGGCUCCAGUGGUUCCAGUGGCUCCAGCGGCUCCAGUGGCUCCAGUGGUUCCAGUGGCUCCAGCGGCUCCAGCAGCCCCAGUGGCCCCAGUGGAUCCAAUGUGGCCCAGGGUGGUCCCUCGGGGUCUUUGCUGUUUAAGCCAGGGACAGGCUAUUCCCAGAGCAGCUACACCUCUGGGUCUGGCUCCAGUCUGCACGGUGCCUCCAGCUCCUCCCAGUCGGGGUCUGGCCCAGCUGCACCAGGCAGUGGUGGCUCCGCCCACUUCGUGAUAAGCUCCUCCCAGUCUGGAGGAGGCUCCAGCUCUUCUGUCUCCCAAACUUCCUGGACGUCCAGCAGUGGUGGCCAAAGGGUCAACUCUAACUUACGCCCCUGUAGCUCGGACAUCCCCGACUCUCCCUGCAGCGGGGGGCCCGUCGUCUCCCACUCCGGCUCCUACAUCUCCAGCUCCCACUCUGUGUCCGGGGGUCAAAGGCCAGUGGUGGUGGUGGUGGAGCAGCACGGCUCUGGUGGCCCCGGAGUGGCUCCCGGUGCCCCCUGUAGCAAUGGCGGCUUCCCAGGCAAGCCCUGCCCCCCCAUCACCUCUGUGGACAAGUCCUACGGCGGCUACGAGGUGGUGGGCGGCUCCUCUAACAGCUACCUGGCCCCGGGCAUGACCUACAGCGGGGGCAAAAUCUACCCGGUGGGGUACUUCACCAAAGAGAACCCUGUCAGAGGCUCCCCCGGGGUGCCCUCCUUUGCAGCGGGGCCCCCCAUCUCUGAAGGCAAGUACUUCUCCAGCAAUCCCAUCAUCCCCAGCCACAGCUCCAGUGCCAGCAUCUACCCGUCGGGAGCCUCCUCGGUCGUCGUGUUCCAGCCAGUGGGCUCUGGCGGCGUCCAGCCCUGUGCGGCGGGCUCCUCGGGCUCGAGGGGGCCCUGCUCCCUCUCGGGUUCUGGGGUCCACAGUGUUUCCGGCGGCUCGGGGUCGCAAUCGCACCCCUGCGGCAGUGUCUCCCAGGGGCCCUGCUCCCCGCCGGGCACGGGCUCGCUCAGCCACAGCUCUGGCUCCCAAUCCAGCGGCAAAAUCGUCCUCCAGCCCUGUGGCAGCACGUCCAGCUCAGCUGGUCACCCCUGCGCUCCUGCCUCCUCCUCGACUCUGACCGGGGGCCCCAAUGGCUCCCCCCAGCCCGACCCCUCAGCUGGUGCCCAGCCCUGCGGCAGCUCCAAGAAGACACCUUGCCGCUCCCUCCGGGACAUCCUGGCCCAAGUGCAGCCCCUGGGGCCCCAGCUAGCUGACCCUGAAGCCUUCCAGCACCAGGGACAGUUUCAUGCCAGUCCAUAAGUCACUUCUGCUACAUGCAUGUGCAGCACACACGCGCACACAUACACACACGUGCACGCGCACACACACACGUGCACGCGCGCACGGAGACGCGGGGGCCCAGGCAUGGGGUCAGCUGUGUCCCCCUUGCUCCCAGAGCUGCUCUGCACGUGGCAGCCUAGCCUCCUGCAGCCACUCCCUGAACCUUCCUUCGCGCGGCUUUGAGAUGCGACAGUCCGCUGGCUGACCCUGGCCGGUCCCUGCCCACGAGAUUGCAGCCUGGAAAGCCCUGAAAUGUCCCAGAGUAACUCUAAUGCUUGGAUAAGGCACCCUCCCCCCUGUCCAUUUGACCAAUAAAACACAGCCUAAUCCAUUACCAUUGUCACUGACCUCUUCUGGUCAUCUGGUCAACCACCGGCAUGCGCCCACGGUUUCACCCCUCCAGCCCCUCCCACUUUCCUGUGGAGCUCACCACAGCCUCUGUGGUUGCCACGCUCCUGCCUCUCAGGGUCUCCGUCGCAGUCUCCCUUCCUGGCUGCUACGUCCCCCGUGGUCAGAUGUGUCCCUGCAUGAGGGAGAUAGAGGGCAUCCUGGGGACCCCCCGAGCCCGGCGGGCUCCCUGCUCUCCAGAUCCUGGACAGAUGUCUCAAUAAACGGUGUG